AUGGCGGUGCUUGAAAGAUGUGUUGGAAUUAGAUCUGUUGUUUUAUUUGGAAUUUUAUCUUUUAGCAUUGUUGGAGUACACGCAAAAGAUAUAGUGAUUUUAGACACAUCCUCAGUAAUUUCGGGUUCGUUAAACUGGACGAAGAAAAUAGUUCCUGCCGAUCCGCCUGAUCUCACAAACAAUGGGUGGAGCGAGUUAUCGACAUACAUCAUAGAUUUACGUUUAAAUCCAUAUAAAGUGCACACAUCAUGUCACGUGGUGAGCAAAAAUGUGAACAAUUGGUUACGAACACCAUUUAUAGAUGUUGGCAAUGCCAAAAGCCUAUAUAUAGAAAUGGUGUUCACCAUGAGAAAGUGCGUAAAACAUAGUGAUCCAGAAAAAAUACAGUCAUGUCGAGAGACGUUUAAUUUAUAUUCAUACGAGGCUGAUAAAGACAUCGCCAAUGAUGAUAUGCCCACGUGGGAUGACUCUUCGUAUACAUUGGUAGAUAUAAUUCCAGCACACUUACUGGGUGAAAGUGCAACAGACUCGAGACUAAAUAAUGUGACAAAGUUCAUGCCGUUGAGGAAAGGCCUACGUGGAGUAUACUUCGCGUUUCAGGACACGGGAGCGUGCUUAUCGUUAGUGACCGUCAAAGUGUAUUACAAAGUAUGCCCGAAUACAACUCAGUUAUACGCAUUUUUCUCGGAAACGCCGACAGGUGUUGAUCGGACAUCAAACGUGGAAAAGGAAGGUGCGUGUAUCGCUCAUUCAACACAAGUAUCACGCCCUCUGUUUUACUGCACGAGUGAUGGGACUUGGGACAUUCCGCUCGGCAGAUGUCACUGUGACCCUGGUUACGAGGGCGUUAACGAUGAACAGUGUGUUGGUUGUCGGCGGAACCACUUCAAAUGGGAGGCAGGGAGUUUUGCGUGCCGACAGUGCCCGGAGAACAGUUUCACCGAAGGGGAAACGUCUGUGGAGUGUCAGUGCUACAACUCGUACUAUCGCGCGGACAAAGAUGAGAAAAGCAUGCCAUGUACACAGCCGCCUUCAGCCCCAAGGAAUGUGAAGGUAGUUGACAUCAGUGACACGAUAGUGCAGUUGUCAUGGCAACUGCCUGAGCAGCUUGGAGGACGGACAGACACAACGUACCGUGUGGAGUGUUCACAGUGUCUCAGUGAGGUCCUCUAUAGUCCGAAGGCAAAGGGGUUCAACACCACCAGUGUUGAGUUGAAAGGCCUGCGGGCCAGCACAAAGUACACAGUGAAGAUCUACGCUGAGAACGGUGUCACCGUCCUCAGUCAGUUGCAGCCAAAAUAUGUGCAGCACGAGUUUACGACGGAAUCAACAAUUGCGGAGAUACAAGACAUCAAGCUGAUUGACUAUGGAGACAACUUUAUAGCUCUGCAGUGGCAGGUGAGCGGUGGGGAAACCCCGGAGAACACAGUCCUACAGUUUGAGGUUCGCCACGCUCUUCGCGGUGAGAAGCCCCAGUCCAAUUUCACGAAAACAAACUCCAUCACUUUCCAGAACCUUAUCAAAGACAAAGAGUAUGAAUACCAGAUUAAGGGGCAGACAAGCAAGGGCUGGGGAGAGUUUAGUUCUCCUUUCUUCGCCUCAACAAGGACCCCAUAUCCUUCUACAACAGACAAUAUUACUUCCUCUGACAAUUCUUCUACAGUUGAAGUUAAAGAGUCAGAAAAAGAGCUGGAGCCGGGCCCAACAACGGUGAUUAUUGUGGGAGCGAUCGUUGCUGUGACCCUGUGUAUGGCGAUAGCCGGAAUUAUGAUCUUCAUUCUCAUUAAAAGGAACAGACACAGGGAUGGAAAGAACUCCGACAUUGACAGCCCAUAUCACCAUGUUUUGCACUGCCCCCCAUUAGAUAUCCAUUUAAACGGAUCAAUGACGGUACCACUGUUUCAACCGUCUGGGACAAUCAAGAGUUACGUGGACCCGCAUACGUACGAAGACCCGAAUCAGGCUGUGCGAGAAUUUACACGAGAGAUUGAUGCCUCACACAUCAUUAUAGAGUCAGUCAUAGGUGGAGGAGAGUUUGGGGAUGUCUGUAAAGGGAAGUUGCGUGUGCCCAGUCGCCCAGAAAUGUCUGUCGCUAUAAAAACCCUCAAGGCCGGGGCAACGGAUAAAAAUAGACUGGACUUUCUCACAGAGGCGAGCAUUAUGGGACAAUUUGAUGACCCGAAUGUGAUCUUUUUAGAAGGGGUCGUUACAAAAGGUAUAUCAAGCCCAAUCAUGAUUGUCACUGAGUACAUGGCCAACGGAUCUCUCGACAGCUUUUUGAGGAAAAAUGACGGCCAGUUGACAGUUAUACAGUUGGUGGGAAUGAUGCGGGGAAUAGCGUCGGGUAUGCGGUAUUUGUCGGAGAUGGGUUAUGUUCAUAGGGACCUAGCUGCCAGGAAUAUUUUGUGCAACGAGAGUUUGGUGUGUAAGGUAGCAGACUUUGGCCUCUCCCGCGAGGUGGACAUCGACACUACGGAUGGCGCAUAUACAACAAAGGGCGGUAAAAUACCUGUACGAUGGACAGCUCCAGAAGCCAUUACAUUCCGCAAAUUCACAUCAGCGUCCGACGUCUGGUCGUUCAGUGUGGUAAUGUGGGAAGUGAUCUCGUACGGCGAGCGGCCAUAUUGGAAUUGGUCUAACCAGGAUGUGAUUCGUGCUGUUGAGAAGGGGUACCGACUGCCGCCUCCAAUGGAGUGUCCGGAGGCAAUCCACCAGCUGAUGUUAGACUGCUGGCAGAAAGAUCGCAGCAAUAGACCCAAGUUUGUCAACAUUGUCAAGUCACUAGACAAACUCAUACGCGCACCAGAGCUGCUCAGAAAAAUGGCUAAACCAAGGCCUCACAUAUUCAUGGACAACAGCCCACCAGAGAACAGCAAUACAUACGCCUCAAUAGAGGACUGGCUUAAUGCAAUCAAGAUGGAGCGGUAUCGGGACAACUUUGUGUCGGCGGGGGUGACCAGCAUGGAGCAAGUGUUGAGACUGACUGUCAAGGACAUGGAAACAAUCGGUGUCUCGCUUCUUGGGCACCAGAAGAAAAUCAUGAACAGUAUACAGACGCUUCGUGCUCAGUUGCUCGGACCGACAGUUCACUUGCCGCAUAUGCAAAUGUCCGAGGGAUUUCUUGUAUAGCGACAGGGGUUCCGAAGCAUUCGGCAAAAGACGAUUUUUGAAUUGACUUGCAGUGAAUGCUUCAACAUUGUUGUAAAUGUUUUGUUGGAAGCUGGCAGGAAUUUGUGGCUGUGUGGUAUUUGAAAUGAUAAAUAGGUUAUUUUGAGUGCUCCAAAUGUACCAUACUAGAUUUAGUUUCAAAAACGUUUAACAAAUGUAAGAAUUGCAACAACUACCGUGUUGCUUGGUUUUUGAUUCUAAGUAUAUGCCAUUAUUUCAUCAAGAUAAAUGACCAUCACAAAGAUAAUAUUUUUCCUGAUAUUACCAUAGCCUCCAACUUAUCUCAUCAUAGCAACCAGCUGAUAUCACCAUGACAACUUGCUGAUAUCACCAUAGCAACCAUCUGAUAACACAAUGACAACUAGAUGAUAUCGCCAUGGAAACAUCAUCAUGGCAACUGGGUACCUAGCAACCACAAUCCUGACCAGCUCCGAGGAGACUUCCCAGUGCUUAAUGUGAUACACAAACUAGAGCAACAUAUAUGUUGCCCCAACUCUUUGUUUCCGUGCAUUACACAACUUGGUGUUGUAAUAUUAUAAAGUCAUGUUUAAGUCACUUUUGAAUGCUGACUUUUUGCUCUCUUUCACUGAACAUGUCAGUUUGCGUUUCUGUUUACCCAUUUUUUCAAACUGAAACUGGUAUUGACUUUCUCUUCUUACUUUUAAAUCGUCAAGCACUGUUUUAAUUAAACUUCAUGAGUACUCAUGAAUAUAUAUUUGUUCUAUAAUUUGUAUUGCAGAAUCAAGCCCAUGACAUUAUUGUUUUUGUCUUACAAUUGAAAUAUAGUGCUUAUGUAAUUGUGAAUAUAUUUUUCCUUCAUGCUAUCAUUCUUGUUCCAUAUUGUUUGCAUAAUUUCCAGAUCUUUGAAAUCUCUUGUCAUACCAUUCUGUAUCAAUGUUCUGUAUCUGAUGUAGUCAUUUAUUCCAAUUGUGUUUUGAUAGUUUUUGUCAAAUACAAUCAAAUGAUUAAGGUGUUUGGUCAUGUGACGAUCACAGGAUUAAAGUGUCGGUCAUGUGACGAUCACAGGAUUAAAGUGUCGGUCAUGUGACGAUCACAUGAUUAAGGUGUCGGUCAUGUGACAAUGUUGCAGGGAGCAACUUUAAAAAAAAUGUGAUGAUUGGAAUUUUGGGCAACUUAUGUCUUGUUUAAGAACCUUUGCAAAAAUGCUACAACUUUUCUUGAAAGUUGAAUGAUAAACAAGUUUUGGUCUGUUCAAAGCAUAAAUUCAAGGGAAAAAUUAUGAAUAAUUUAUCAAGUUGUAAAGUUAAGUGCUUAUACAGCUCAAAUUGCAAAAUAGUUUGGUAUAAGUUGUCCAAUCUUCUUUGUAUUAUAUAAUAUAAUGUAGGAUAUAUUUAGCUAAGAAAAAUACUAUAUGAGAUCUUCGUAAAUUAAAAUACCAGUAAAACUGGAGUGUUUAAAAAGAAACAAAAAGAAGUGCAUAUAAGGUUUAAGCUUAGGUUUCACAGUCAGAAAUAAAACAUUACCUAUUUUCAUAUAAAUUCUGGUUUGAUUUUAUCAAGGUUUUACCAGUUGUUUUUAUGAGUCUUACUAAACCAUGUUUAUAUCAUAUUUGUGAGUCUUACAAUGUAAGCAUCAAGCAUGUAAUAUCUAACAAAGUAGAUGAAAUUCUGACUGUUUAAAGCUAAAACUGAGUUUUAAUUUCACUACCAAAAUAAAGGUAAAACUAAAAUAUUGUUAAAAAAAUAAUAUAUUUUCAUUUUAUAAUUUGUAUUUGAGAAAAUGAGCUAUUUUUAUGCCGUUACUGUAAAAGAUUAGUGUUAUUUUAAGGAAAGAACAUUCCCUGUUCUCACUUAGUUUUAAAUGAUAUUACAGAACAGAGAUUAUAUCAGAAAAAAAUAAUUUUAUUACAGAAAAAAACCCAAUAUAAUUUAUAUUUGUUAAAAAUUCCAACCAUUUUAAUGCAUUUAUAACAUUUAAAGUUGAGUUGAGAAUAAUGUUUAUGAAUAUCUUGCAUAUUGUAACAUUUUGUGUCGGAGAGUCUAUACUGGAAGUCAGGUGUCAUAUUUAUGUCAAUCUAAGGUGUGUACAAUAUUUAACAUUUUUGUUGCAAUGAAUCAAUUUACUGCUGAAUUUGAGUACAGGGUCUUUUUCCCACCAACUUAUUAUCACCGUAAUGACCGCAUGUCAGGAUCGAAGUAUGACAUAUACAUGCCACAUUCUAGCUUAAUUAUGCCACAAUUUUACCACAUUUAUGCAAAGACUUUUUCCUCUUUAUCAGUAUACAUUCCAAUGUUCAUGCAAACAAUAGCAAUACUCUUGUGCCAUUUUGUUUCCAUUCAAAUUACUAAAACCACAAAUUAGAAUUAAUCUGCUUAUUAAUCAUUAUUUCAAGAAUGUUACAUUUAUUUUAGACGAUUUUUCCGAUACCUGAUACGGUUGAAUAUUUUCGGGGUUCAAUAUUACCGCCUGGUCUGAAUAUCACACCAUUACUAUGAAUGCAAAUUGUAAAAGUUGUUAAAAGAGAAACUUGCUUAAGAAAUUUAUAUAAAAAGUGCUGAGCUCCUUAAUUGUUAUAAAAACAUUUAUCGUAAAUAAGGUAUAGUUAUAGCUUGUGAUGUUAUCAUUUUUUUCGAUAUUAGCCCCACAUUUACUUCCUACAGGGUUAGGUGUUGUAAAUUAUUAACCCCAAAUUUAACUACCCAAGGAGAGAAAUUCCAUACACACUGGGCGCUACAGGGUUAGGAUAUGUUCAUUAUAAACCCCACUUUAACUACCCCAGGAGAUAAAUUCCAUUACACGCAAUCGGCGCUAUAGGGUUAGGAUAUGUUCAUUAUAAAUCCCACUUCAACUACCCAAGGAGAUAAAUUCACUUACACGCACUCAGCGCUACAGGGUUAGGAUAUGUUCAUUAUUACCCCCAAGUUUAACUACCAUGGGAGAUAAAUUCCAUUACACGCACUCGGCGCUACAGGGUUAGGAUAUGUUCAUUAUAAACCCCACUAUAACUACCCAAGGAGAUAAAUUUCAUGACACGAAAUCGGCGCUACAGGGUUAAGUGUUGUUCAUUGUUACAACAUAUCACAUGUCAUUCACUCAUUCGCAAUUUCUCUCCAUAUUUGACCUUGUCCUCGCUUAAUUGAAUAGCUGUAUAUCUACUUAUAUUUAUAACUGACAAUGGUUUGUACAUACUUGGAAUUUUCAAAAGUUUUUUUAAACGGUUUCUGUAAUUUCAGAGAGAAAUAAUGCAUGAGAAGAGGAAGAACAUUUUAUAACCUUAUUCAUGUUGGAGUUAAAUUUGUUAUAAGCCAAUGUCAUCAUUCAUAUAUUCAUAAUUUCACUGAGCAGUGUGUGUAAAACUCGCAUACUUUUGUUUAAUUGUUCCUUUCUUAUGCACACCAUAUCUUCCAUACAGCUGCAAUUUUGUUUUACAACUAGCAAUAAGGUCUACGCAGAGAAGCUUAAAAUAAUAGUGUGUUUUCAAUGAUAAUAAUAAAUAUGCAAAUUAUGCGUAACAUGUACACAAAGUUAUUAACAUCAUUUUGGCAGAAUUGUUAUUUGUAUGUUAAGUUAGUUUGUUGAGCAAAAUCGCAUUUGCUAUGUAAAUGUUUACCUCCAAAUCAAUUUGUUUAUCUCGUAUUAAAGAAGCAUAUUCAAUCGGAGAACAUAUAUUCACCAAGGAAACUGUUGCUGCUGAUAUUGAUAGCAGCGUUAGUGUUGAAAGACUGAAAUCCAUGCCCGGAUAAACUCUAUAGAUUUUGUGAAAUGGCUACUUGUUAUUUUUAUGUUGUUAAUAAUUCGAUUAAUCAUACACCUAAGUAUUUCCCACCAAACGAGUAAGACAAAUCCCUUAUCGAUCUUGGCAAUGUUAAUUCAUUUUAUCUUCUUACGUUAAAUACACACAAUACGAAACUUUCUCAAUGAAUAAUUAUUUGUUUGUUGAAAUUUUUUACCAUGGUUUUACUUUUGAAAGUCUUUAUUUUCAAAUGAAUAUUAGAUACAAAAUAAUGGGUAAUAAUAAAUUAUCAAACAUAUCUUUUUUUCGGAACAAUUUAAAUAAGUUUUAUAUAUAUGUUAAAUAAUGAAAUAACUAAUCAAUAAAAUUUCCUAGGAUAGACAGGGAUUUCGUUUUUAUUUGUUCAACUCUAUGCACAAUCUGUUUUACGUUUUAAAAGUUAUAUGUAAAUGAGAUUUUGAAUUUUCCGUUUUCCAUCCAUUCUUGUGGACAAGUUAGUCUUUGUUACAAAUUGUGUUAUUACCUUUCAUUUAAAACUCUUUUUAGUUUUAAUAAGUUGAUGAAUACACAUCAAUAGUGCGCACGCUUUCGUUAUAUAUGUUGUAAAUAUUGUAAAUAAAAUCUAUUCUAAAUGCAUUGAGUAUGUGUUUUAAAAAAGAAAGAUCAUUCUAAAAGUGUAGAUAUGUUGAGUUGUUAUGUUGACUUUUAAAUUAUGUAAAUAUUAGGAUCUUUUGCUCUGAAAAUUUGUCUUAAUGUUCACCUUCUUAUAGGUAUCAGUUCAGUUAAUAUCAGCAUUUCAUAGACUUUUGUAACUUGUGAAAUAUAGAAUACUCUCCUCUAGGAAAUCACUCGGCUAAAUUCCUAUUUUUUACAAAACUAUCAACGUGUUGCAGCAUUUUGCUUUCCUGUGCUAAAUGUCUUAAAUUUAUACCUUUAUUUUAACCCAUUUUUACAACAGCUUUAAUAAAGAUGCAAAAAAAUGCUUAAAGAUUUCAGAAUGGUUUUAAAGUGAAAGUAAUUUUUAGCAGUGCAUAAAUUAUCAUUUUAAUAUGGUCUUUCUCUCAGAAAACUUAUGAAAUAAAGAUAAAGAAUAUAAACAUUAAAUUGUGAGAUUAUUAAUUACUCCACUUGAUACACAAUAUUUACAGACCUCUUUAUUUGCUACACCGAAAUAAAGUAUUGUUGUCUUUAGAGUUAACUCAACCAUAUGGUGCAUUCAGUAAUGACACAAAGACUAAUUAACAAUGUUUAAUUCAUAAAAGUUUGCUAAUUUUUUUAGGAAAAGCCUGUUAAAUUAGUUACUGAUUAAGUUGAAAAGCAAUAACAUUAAUGCUAGGAUAAUGGAACAUUUAAAAAAAUCUAUGUGUUUGUGUGUUGAAGUCGGAAUAUUAACCUGUUUACAAAUCAUACAGUUUUUGUCGUAUGAAUAAUUCUGCGUGUGUAUAUAGAGUUGUGACAGAUGGAAGAAAUCAAAGGGAGAUAAUGUUGCAAUGAAUAUAUACAUGUACUUGUAUUUUGAAGACAGAUUGUUACAUGUGUACAUAAUGAUGUUGUGUAUGUUUUUUGGAUAUUUUGAAAUAAAUAUAUUAUAUAUGAUUAUUGAUGGUACAAUUGGGAACUGUUAUAAUUUCUUAAGACGAAUAAAAAUAUCAAAACAUA